AUGGAGGAACUCCCUCUAGGCUACCGCUUCUACCCGACAGAACAAGAGCUGAUAUCCUUCUACCUGCAUAAUAAGCUGGAAGGGAGGAGACCAGAACUACAACGUGUGAUUCCAGACAUCAGCAUUUACGACAUCGAGCCAUGGGAUCUUCCACAGCUUUCAGGAGAAUUAUGUCAAGGAGACUCGGAGCAGUGGUUCUUCUUUACACCCAGGCAAGAGAGAGAAGCCAGGGGAGGGCGACCUAACCGGACUACAGCAUCCGGUUACUGGAAGGCCACAGGCUCUCCUGGUUAUGUUUACUCCUCAGAUAAUCGAGUGAUUGGAUUGAAGAAAACCAUGGUGUUCUAUAUGGGAAAAGCUCCGAGUGGAAGAAAAACCAAAUGGAAGAUGAAUGAGUAUAGAGCCAUUGAAGUUCAUGAAUCAUCUAGUAAUGCUACUCCAAAGUUGAGGCAUGAAUUCAGUUUGUGUCGACUCUAUGUGAUAUCAGGAAACUUUUCGGCAUUUGAUAGACGCCCUCUGGAACCUGUGACAAGAGAGACAGUACUUCUUGGAGAUACAGCUACAACAUCUGCUCAGCGCCCUACAAUUGUGGAGAUGACAAGCUCACCUGAAACUUCAUACUCAGGAGGAGACCAAGUUGAUCACCCAGGGACUGCAGCAAGUACCAACUGGGGGAUGGUAGAUGGUCUAGAACUACCUGCAUGGGAAUGGCUGGAACAACUGGAUUGGCCCUGA